AUGAUCGACUCCCUCAUCACCAUUGCCGUCUGUAUCUCUACUGCGCUCACAAUCCUCAUUCUCCUAUUACCAUCGCAGUAUGUGCCGAAGCGCAGCACCGAGCAUGACGGCCCCAAUGAGCCCAAAACGACCGUCCAGGUCCUUGUCCUCGGCGACAUUGGCCGCAGUCCCCGCAUGCAGUACCAUGCGCUGAGCAUUGCAAAGGGUGGUGGGCACGUGGACAUCAUUGGAUAUCAUGAAUCCGAAGUUCAUCCCGACAUUUCGUCCGAUCCUAGAAUAUCUAUUGUUCCUCUACCUCCACAUCCGUCAUGCUUACAGACCACCAACAAGCUUCUCUUCCUUCUGUUUGGACCAUUGAAGGUGUUUUUCCAGAUUGCCUGUCUGUGGUGGGCGCUCGCAUACCGUACCAAACCCGCCAAAUGGCUUCUUGUCCAGAACCCUCCGUCAAUCCCGACCCUCGCAAUCGCAUCCAUUGUGUGUUUCUUCCGACAGACCAGACUCGUAAUUGACUGGCAUAACUUUGGCUACACUAUCCUUGCGCUUAAACUGGGGGACACCCAUCCACUGGUCAAGUUCUCCAGAUGGUAUGAGCGGACGUUCUGCAGAUAUGCUACGGCCCACAUAUGUGUUACAACGGCCAUGGUAUCGGUCUUGAAGAAAGAGUUCCAUUUAGAAGCCCCCAUCCUACCAUUACACGACCGACCAGCAAGACAUCUCCAACCCAUCUCCGAUGAAGCCGUCAGGCGCGAGUUCCUCGCAUCUCUUCCACAAGCUGAAUCCGUUCGUCCAGUCAUGUCAUCCGACGCUUUGCGGGUUCUAGUCAGCUCAACCUCGUGGACCGCGGACGAGGAUUUCUCGCUGCUCAUCGAUGCGCUCAGCCGGUACUCCGAAUUGGCAAGCACUAAAAUACCUCGGCUGCCCACAGUCCUCGCUGUGAUUACAGGCAAAGGGCCUCAGAAGGAGAUGUACGUCAAGCAAAUCUCCCAGUUGGAGGCUGCAGGAAAGCUUCAGAAAGUCGUGAUCCGCACCGCUUGGUUGAGUACAACCGACUAUGCGCGACUUCUGGCUUCCGCGUCCCUAGGCGUCAGCCUUCACACAAGUAGCAGUGGAGUUGAUCUCCCGAUGAAAGUGGUUGACAUGUUCGGUGCUGGCUUGCCGGUUGUCGGUUGGAGUCGUUUCGAGGCAUGGCCGGAAUUGGUGACUGAAGGUGUCAACGGGAGGGGAUUUGGAUCUUCCGACGAACUCUUGCAACAUCUUGUGGACCUAUUUGGCGAUGCAAGCAAGCUUGAGGGGCUUCGUGCUGGUGCUCUGAAGGAAAGCGCCCGUCGUUGGGAUGAUGAAUGGGAUCCCAUUGCGGGCAAACUCUUCGGUUUAGUAUAA